GCACUUCGGUCUGAAAUGGAUGGGCUGCUACGUUAUAUUUCCUCUGUAAUGGACCAAGUGCCAUCAGAAAUGGAAAGCAUAAAGGAGAAACUUCGGGCCGUGUACUCUAAAGUAAAGUUAUUCAAUGAGUGCAUAUCAAACAAAGAGGAAAGAAUCACCAUAGAUAUUGAUUCUAGAGGAACAAUCUUAUCAUCACCGAUCCAAGGGCUGUCUUUGCAAAUGUGGGACAACAAUAGUAGAAAUGAACACAUGCCUAAUCUAGACAGGUCUCUUUUUCAAACCAGUGUCACUGAAGUUUUCAGAUUUACAUUACAAGGGAAGCCUUACACAGUUCAUAGCAAAAAUGAGGAUGUCAUAUUGGUUCGCAUUCAGAUGAUAAACUUAAAGAAGCCAAAUGGUAGACAGUGGCUUUCUAAAGUAUGUCAUAGAGACAUCUGGACCACCAUUGAAACACAGACCAAGGAUGAUUGGAUAUUUUUUGGGAUAGAGGCCUUGGAAUCAUUCUUUAUAAUAGAAUCUGCCGAAGAAAUGCCAAUGACGAUUGACCCUAAAGGAGGAGUGUAUAAGCAUGUUUCAGACCCUAAAGCUCUGAUUGAGAUACCGAAGGGUGCGACAGUUGAACGUCAAAUAGCAAACGUUUCGGUUGUCUUGAUGGAAACACCGUCUUUCUUGGGAUUUACAAUGAUUUCAAAGAUAGUUCGAACCUCUGCACACUUUUUGAAACCAGUUACCGUCCACUUUCCUGAAACAAUUCAGUCCACUGAUAGUAAUUUAGCCUUUUUCCACUUCGACAUUAUCCAUGAGGAGCUGACGAUUGAUUUCACUCACACCAUCAGACAAGAGGGAGGGUGUUUCAUUGCCCCUGUCUCGGAAUUUAGCGAGACUGGCAUCGUUGCUGUUCCUAAAAGCUAUUCCCAGCAAAGUGGAAGUUUUAUCCUUCCAUCUCAUGAAUAUAAGCAGAACAGAAAAAUGGAAUUCAAAUGCAAAGCACUGACAUAUGUUUCCAAAGAAAGAGAAGAUUUUGCCCAAUUAUGGUGUGAAGUUGUUUUAGUGGAUAACAUUGAUAAAAGAAGAACGAUGAUGAAAAUAAAUAAUUCAGAGUUCAAAGAAUUGAAAGAGUCCAAUGACUUAUUUCUGAAAGAGGACGACCGUAUACGUGUAAACGUUACAGGAAAUUUUAACAGUAACAGACAAAAACAAUUUAAUAUCAUUAGAUUCAAUGUUUCAACAGACAAUCAUAUUAUUUUAGCUUUGGAAAAAACAGGCAGGGGAUUAACCUUUUCCGAAAUUUCUUAUGAAAAAUGCAUGGGAAAAGACAAAUACCUGUGGAAGAUGCCCACAGAUAUAGCGUCAAUGAAAAAAACAGGAACGAGAUCUCUUCAAAGACAACAAACAAGGGAAGGUUUUGACCCAGGUGAAUUCAAGAGUUUUCUUCAAGCCUAUGGGCUCGAAAACUUAAUUGAGACGUUUAUAGAAAACAACAUCACCGGCUUGAAAGCAUUUCUAGAUUUGAAUGAAGAAGAUCUUAAAGAGCUAUCUGUAUCUUUGGGACAUCGCAGAUCGUGUUUGGCCGCCAUUAAAGAUUACAAAGAAAGACAUGGCAAAUAAAAAAAAUAAAUAAAGCAAAGGGUUUAAAGCAUUUUGUUGCACAUCAAUAAUAAGGAUCUUUUUUUCUGUAAGACUAAUUUUAAUUGCACUGUAUCAGAAUUUAGACAACUGUAGCUUAGAAGCUGCUUAGUAUUUCGUCUGAUGCUCAAAUACAUUGACUGAUCUUUUGAUGUGCCAUAUUUU